AUGAGAUUUUUCUUGUCAAUUUAUUAUAUAUUAUUAUUAUUAUUCACACAAAUAACAUCUAUAAAAGGUAUACCACUAGAUACAAAUAAUGUUACUUCGAUACGAGAAGCAUGUAAUAUAAUUGCAAAAGGUUUAUUAGACUACUAUGAUGGUACUAAAUACGGAGGUACAAUUGGAGAAUUUACUUGGCCAUAUUAUUGGUGGGAAGCUGGUGGAGCUUGGGGUGGAUUAAUUGAUUAUACUUAUUUUUUUGAGAAUGAUACUUUAGUUCCAUUAAUUAAGGAAGCUUUAUUAUAUCAAGUUGGUGAUGAUAAUAAUUAUAUACCUUUAAAUCAAAGUACAACAGAAGGUAAUGAUGAUCAAGGAUUUUGGGGAAUUGCAGUUAUGGGAGCAGCCGAAAGAAAUUUUAGUAAUCCUGAUGAUGAUAAAAUCAGUUGGUUAGGUUUAGCUCAAGCUGUAUUUAAUACAAUGACUGCAAGAUGGGAUGUUGAAGAUUGUAACGGUGGUUUAAGAUGGCAAAUUUUCCAGUGGAAUACUGGUUAUGAUUAUAAAAAUUCAGUUUCAAAUGGUUGUUUAUUUCAUAUUGCAGCAAGAUUAGCAAGAUUUACUGGGAAUGAUUCAUAUGUUGAUUGGGCUGAAAGAGUUUGGGAUUGGAUGUAUGGGGUUGGUUUAAUGACUGAAGGAGAUUGGUGGUUUGUUUAUGAUGGUGUUAAAAUUCAUGAUAAUUGUUCUGCUAUAACAAAAUAUCAAUGGACUUAUAAUCAAGGUUUAAUGUUAGCUGGUUGUGCUUAUUUAUAUAAUUAUACUGGAGAAGAAAAAUGGUAUAAUUAUACUCAUCAUUUAUUAAAUAGUGCUCAAGUAUUUUUUAAAAAUAUGUCAGAUUAUGGUUAUCCUGAUAGUGCUGUUAUGUAUGAAGCUGCUUGUCAACCAUCAAAUACUUGUAAUAAUGAUCAAAGAUCUUUCAAAGCUUAUUUUUCAAGAUUCUUAGGUUUAACUUCAGUAUUAGUACCUGAUACUUAUCCAAAAAUUCAUAAAUGGUUGGUUGAUUCUGCAAAUGCUGCUGCAGGUUCUUGCUCAGGUGGUUCAGAUGGGGUGACUUGCGGGUUGAGCUGGACUAAUUGGACUGCUGGUUGGGACUCAUAUUAUGGACUCGGAGAGCAGAUGUCAGCAUUAGAAUGUGCGCAAUCACUUCUUAGUCCUCUUAGACCCCCGCCUUAUACGGAGAAAACUGGUGGUUCAUCUGUUGGUCAUCCAGCUUCAGGUUAUUCAACUACUCCUCAGAAUUCGAAACCUUUAUCUUUAGACCGUGGGGAUGUAGCAGGAGCUUCAAUCAUAACAUGUUUGAUUGGAAUAUCAAUACUAGGAGUUAUACCCCCGCCUUAUACGGAGAAAACUGGUGGUUCAUCUGUUGGUCAUCCAGCUUCAGGUUAUUCAACUACUCCUCAGAAUUCGAAACCUUUAUCUUUAGACCGUGGGGAUGUAGCAGGAGCUUCAAUCAUAACAUGUUUGAUUGGAAUAUCAAUACUAGGAGUUAUACCCCCGCCUUAUACGGAGAAAACUGGUGGUUCAUCUGUUGGUCAUCCAGCUUCAGGUUAUUCAACUACUCCUCAGAAUUCGAAACCUUUAUCUUUAGACCGUGGGGAUGUAGCAGGAGCUUCAAUCAUAACAUGUUUGAUUGGAAUAUCAAUACUAGGAGUUAUACCCCCGCCUUAUACGGAGAAAACUGGUGGUUCAUCUGUUGGUCAUCCAGCUUCAGGUUAUUCAACUACUCCUCAGAAUUCGAAACCUUUAUCUUUAGACCGUGGGGAUGUAGCAGGAGCUUCAAUCAUAACAUGUUUGAUUGGAAUAUCAAUACUAGGAGUUAUGUUUUGGUUAUUUUUAAGUUAA